GUGAUUUCAUCCUCUUUAACUUCCAUGGAUGAAUGAAUGCUUUCUGCUCUCAGGGCCUCACCCAACAAGGAAUUGAUUGAUGUGAGAGGGGGACACAUUAUCCGCCUUUCCUUUUUCUCUAAUAUCCUCUCGUGUUCGCUGCUUUUGCCUCUGCCAAUUUCCUGUCGGGGGUAGAAAAAAAGAUAAAGGGGGGAGAUUCUGUUUCUUUGUUCUUUUCUUCUCUUUCUAUGUAAGCCAUUGUUCUUGGGCGUUUUCCUCUUUUGCCAUUUCAGAGAAUCUCCUGGUGAAGUGAGUUCUGUUGUCUUCCGGAACAUUUUCACCCGCCAUCGAUGGCUUGGGGAUAUUUGUCGUCCCUUUUCCCGGUUCGCAAUAUACGGAGCAUUGUUCUUCAGCAUGCAAGAAUGCCGCAGGCAGAACUGGGACGACACACGAUAAGGUCCCAUGGAGCCUCGCUUGCAAAGGAUCACCGCCAAGACUGGCUUAUACUCUUACUUCUCAUUGUGAUGGAGGUCAUCCUGUAUGUCAUCCACCCUUUCUACCGGUUUGUCGGGAAGGACAUGAUGACAGACCUCAAGUAUCCGCUGAGGGACAACACCGUUCCUGUUUGGGCAGUACCUAUGUAUGCAGUUCUGUUACCAAUCGCAGUUUUCCUUCUAAUCUACUUCCGCAGGAGAGACGUCUACGACCUGCACCAUGGCAUUCUAGGGCUCCUAUAUGCUGUUCUGAUUACUGCGGUCAUUACUGAUGCAAUAAAAGAUGCAACCGGCCGUCCACGUCCCGACUUCUUCUGGCGUUGCUUUCCUGACGGGGUUGAAGCAUAUGAUAAGGGGGGAGGUGUCAAAUGCCACGGGAAGGACAGUGUCAUAAAGGAAGGCCACAAGAGCUUCCCGAGCGGCCAUGCUUCCUGGUCUUUUGCGGGCUUAGGCUUUCUAUCUCUUUACUUAUCAGGAAAAAUCAAAGCGUUUGACAGAAAUGGACACGUAGCAAAACUGUGCAUUGUGUUUCUUCCUCUGCUUGCUGCAUCUCUUGUUGCCGUCACUCGGGUGGACGACUACUGGCACCACUGGCAAGAUGUAUUUGCAGGCGGUCUUCUCGGAUUCGUCGUUGCAGCCUUCUGUUACCGUCAGUUCUUCCCUAAUCCCUAUGAUGACGAGGGCUGGGGCCCCUAUGCGUAUUUCCAUGCAAUAGAAGCCUCACAGGAAAACUCGACCACCGUGCAUCCGGUGAACGCACUGUCUGUGCAGGUGACAGAAGCUCGUGUCAUGAAUCGUCAAGUGAUUGGGUGCCAUGGAGAAACAGAGGCAGGCCACGAGGAGAGCUCACCGUUUGAUCUUGAAUCUAUGGGAAGGUGAUACUGCACUUCAGCAGCUCGUAUCCUUGUACAGGCUGUAGAUAUAGAUGAAACUGUAGUGCCCUCCAUUAGCUCCUGUCACGUUUAAUAAGCAAGAUGAUGAUGGAGUAUGGUUGUGUUGAUACUCGAUAGCUAGUUCACAACACGACGAUGCUGCUCACGACAGAUUAGUCUCCUCUUAAGGUCCAUUCGUCUUGUAACAUUUCUUCAGCUAUUGAUUUGCCCCGUGCUUCUCUUUUC